UUAGACCCGACUUUCAGUCGUCGCCCAUUUCCGUAAUUUUCCGGCCCAGGAAGACUUCAGUAGACGGCUGCGAGAAAACCGUCAGAUCCAACACUUGAAUCUGCUUGAAUACAAUGUUGCUGCUCGCAAGCAGUGCCCGCUGCUGGGUGGCCAGCUUACCGCAUUGGUACCAGAAUAAUAACUUCUUGUUAAUAAUAACUUCAAUGUACAGGAUCUCAAGACAUUGUGGUUUUAACUGCUUCUUUUCAAAAUGACUAAUAACAUUUUGCUCGGCCACGUGACGUGCGGCCCGAACUAAGAGGUCCGUGUGGUAAAUGUUUUCCCAUACGGCCCUCCCACUCGGUCAAAUAACGUUCAAUGACGUGAUUGUUUAAGUAAUUCUGGAGCAGGUUAGAACCAGUAUAUAAAUUGAAUCCGUAUGGCCAUGCAUAUGUCAAGCUGCCAGACAGAAUAGAUAACAAUAUCACUGUACGCUAGUCUUUUUGGAAGGGCUGGGAGAGAUUUAUUUUUGUGAACAAAAUUGAUCUCGGUGUAGGUUCUAAUUUUUCUAAGUUAGCCCCGUGAUUUUGUCUACCCUGUAUUCACACUGUGAAAAAUUGUCAUUAGUUCGACUCCUACUCGGUAAUGCUUCAGUUUCUCCGGCUAUUUUUGUAACUGUUUUCUUUCCAUUACACGAAUAAGAGCCGACGUCAAUUUGCCGCGCAGGCUGUUUAUAAUAGACCAUUUCUCCACUUGUAAAUGUGCAAAUUAAAAGGGCCUUCCCUGCUGGGACGAAACUAUAGCAAUAAACAUGGGACAAAAUCUAUAAAUAAAUAAUAGCGAAAAGAUACAAAAGAAUAAUGAAAUAUUUGAAGCUUCAAUUUAUCAUCACGCCAUCACCUGACUGGGUUUAAACAGGUGUCUGCGGGUAGUCUUGGACGAAUGCGCUUUGUUAUUUAAUUAAAAUUAGAACGACGCCUGGCGGAAAUUGAAAUUUUUCGAGAAGUCAAAAAUAAUCGGUAAGUUUCAACACUGGGAAAGGUCACCUAAUUGAAAUCUGCUGUUGUGGAGUGUCUUGCUUCGAAAUCUGCAAUUGUGAACAGUUUAAUUUCGCGUUUAUGGCAUCGCGAAGGUUUAUAUCAGAGUUACUGCCAAGAUGUUUCUGUCUCAGCGAACGAUACGAAAGUGUUUGGCGUUAGCGUGCGUCUUGUUAUCUCUCUUGACCCUCUUCAGUUACCGGCUGUUAUCGUCUCCGUGUGAGUGUCCGAAUGAAAAAGACAAGGAUUCUGCCACUGUAUCAACAGUCGCUAAUGGUCCGGCUUCUCGAUCUCAAGAACACGUGGACCGUUUUACACCGUUUAUAUUUGUCGGUGGGUUCCCAAGAAGCGGAACGACUCUCAUGCGGGCCAUGCUUGAUGCACAUCCCGACAUCAGAUGCGGGCAAGAAACCCGAGUGAUCCCGAAAAUCCUGCUUAAUCUUCCAAAGAUAUUGAACCUUUUCAACGACAGGGAGAAGCGGCGAAGAGAAGAAGCAGGCGUGACACAAGAGCUGCUGGAUUCUGCGGUUGCGGGGCUUGUAGGGGAAAUCAUUGCCAAGCAUGGAGAACCCGCUCCUAGAUUGUGCAACAAAGAUCCCCUUACCUUCCGGAAUCUCAGUUAUUUAGCCAGAAUAUUUCCCAAGUCCAAGUUUAUUUUCAUGGUAAGAGACGGCCGCGCAGUCGUUCACUCGAUAAUGGAGAGGAAAAUUGUCAUCCGAGGGGUUGACAACCACCGUCCUGAAAUUUUGUUGAGAACUUGGAAUGAAGCUAUCAGAGAAAUGAAUGUUCAGUGUGCAAAGCUAGGGCAAGCAAGGUGCUUGAGAAUUCCUUAUGAACAUCUGGUGCUGCUCCCCUCAGAGAGCAUGAAGAUUGUCUUGGAAUUCAUUGAUGUUAGUUGGAAUGAUGCGGUAAUUCAUCAUGAAACUAAGAUAGGAAAACCUGGAGGGGUGAUACUUUCGAGCCUUGAGAAGUCAACAGAUCAAGUGAGGGAAGCUAUAAACUUAAAAGCAUUGUACAAGUGGUGUGAUAGGUUAUCACCAACUUUACUUGAAGACACUGGCAGAAUUGCUCCUGUCAUGAAAACACUGGGUUAUGAUGCUUGGAAGAAAUGGCCUGACUACCGCAAGAUGAACUCUAUUGUUACAAAAUUAUAUAAGAAAUACUUGUAAAGAAAUAGUUAUUGAUUGCUUGAGGUCAAACUUUUUUCAGUGGAUUAAAAGCUUUGAGUAGUAUUGCAAUGUAAUUAAAUUUUAAUAUAAAUUGAAUUGACUUUAUUCAUCAGGUAGCUUGUCAAAGGAUUCUAAAUGAUGUCCUUUUUUGUAGUUAUGCCGAGUUAUUUUUUUUUUUAGUUUAAAAAUAAAGAAGUUACAAGUAUUUUGUCUUGACUUUUCCUUUUUUUUUUAAUUCUCAAUUAACUUGUGCAAAACACUUUUCUUGAUAAUUAUUGAAUUUAAAUUUAAAUAUGAUUUUACGUUUAUAAGUACUGUCAAUAGUCAGAGUAUUAGACUAAGUACAAGAAUGUGAACAAAAAUAUCUUAAAAAGUUACGGUAACCUAAACACCAUUGCCUGUGUCAAGUAUAAGUCAAAUGGAAAGGUCCAUUUCGGUUUCUUCCGACCGGAAUAUUCGGGACCACCACUGGAGAUGAUCCAUUUUGACGGGUCCGACCGAAAUCUGCCUUUCCAUUUUCAGUUUCAUUGGAGGCUAUUCAUUGCCCUACUUCUCUUCACUUACGUGGGGAAUUCGUAAAAGGAAUAAAAAAUGGUAAGAGCCAUUGGUCUUGGUUGGCUCGGUUUGAUCGAAAAAUGUCGUUCCAUUUUCCUCAGGUAUUCUGACCGGUCGGUCCGACAUAAUGGAAAGCACCCCGGGUCUACUAGCCUACGUUGCAGGACGUUGCAGGUGUAAACGGGGAAGGUGUAGGGAGGCAAAAAUUAAAACGCGACUCCCCGCUAGGGUCAAUCUCGUUCCCAGAGCCUUCGUUACCCUUGUCCAGCGGAAUAGGAAAACAAGGGUAAUGAAGACGUCUGGGGACGAGAUUGCGCUAGGGUCCAUAGUCCAUGGGCCAGGACCCUGGAAAGAGCCAUUUGGUACCAAAACAAGGGACAAAUUCUAACACUUAUUUCUAACAACAUUGAUUCCUCUAGGUUAUACUGGUGUAUGAUAACCAUGCCAAAUGAGUAGCUUUACUAGGAUUAUCACGUGAUUAAAUGACGUCACUCGGUUUGGCUGAAUAAGCAGAAUUGGUAAAAAGAUGCCUAAUAGUUAAACGCAAACCUGAAAAUGUUACAUACAUUGAUUUUUGGUUAUUGCAAACUUCAAACGCAGUUUUCAGACCUAAUUCCAAUCACUUAUAUAU